AAUUGAAGAAGAUCUCGGUAAAAAGCGAACACAAAAAAAAAAAAUAAACGGAACUAUAACUAGAAAAGAAAAAUUCCCUAAAUUAUUAAAACAAAUGGGUCGUUCUAGUUCAAAACCUUUGCAGAAACCCAACAAUCCUUUACAGGAAAUACAAUACAAAGAAUCGCUAAGAGAACGUACCCGCCAGCAGCAGGAGAAAGAGAAAAAACAAAUAGCUAUUUUACAAAAGAAACAAGCAAAAAAGUUGGGCAAAACCAAACGUAAACGUCGUGCCUCAAAUGAACAAAAGCAAGAACAGCAGGCAGCAUCAUCAGCCACAAUACGUCAGCGUGGUAGUGCAGACACAACGGAAAUACAAACGAAUUUCAAUUAUCAUACCAUGCGUUAUGAUUUUCGUCGUGAGGAUUUAAAUCGUCAAUUGGAAACGAAAAUACAAAAACUAUUGAAUGAGGAUUUAUGUGAAUUUAUUUUAAAUCAAAUGGCCUUGUCCAUACAAUUUUUCAAAAACUAUGAAAGUGAACUCUCUGCAAUUGCCGAUGAAAAAUUAAACAAAGAAAAACAACUCAAUCAAAAUUUAGAAGAACAUUCGAUACUGCUAACAAACCCCUUAGAUAUGGCCAUAGCAAAAUGGGUAAAAUACAAGCCCUGUCAUGGUCCCGAUAAGAACAAUGUCCAAUUACUACAACCUCAGACCAUAUAUGUAGUUUUUGAAAAUAUCGACAUUGCGCGACCCAAUGAUGCUAAUUAUGAUUCAAUAUCUCCGCUCUGUAAAGUGGAUUUGGAAUUGGAUUUUCGUGAGAGUACACCCUGUAAAGAGGACUAUGUACAAAUGCUCAGCAAUAUUAAAUGGAAAGGUUAUGUACGUUUGAAAUUACGUGAAGAUCCUAAGCAGGCAAAAACAUUAACCGGAGAUUUUGAGGACAUUUAUAGUGAAGGCAGUUCGGGUUAUGGUACCACCAGUCCUUACAGCAGUAAAACCGUUUUAAAUACCUACGAUAAUGAUAAAGAAGAAGACUAUGAUUAUGCUUUUAUAUCACACUUAAAUACUCAACAUCCUCUUAGAGAGCUUAAAAUGUCUAAUGCUCGGGAGCAGCAUAGAAUAGAUGCCAAAGUUUUGCCUGAAUCGUGUAUAUCAUCGUUGGGUAAUUUUGUACAACCUUUGCAGGAAGAAGAAUUUACCGAUGAUGAGGAGGACAGUGAUAGCGAAUACGAGAACAGUGAUGGUUGUGAGAUCGUAGAGGAUUAUAGAGAUUAUGACACUUUGCAAGCUAUUAAAUUAUAUAGAAUUGAAUUGGAAAAGCGACGCAAGCUGUUGGCCCAAAAUUAUUUAAAUUCCCGAGAAUUUAUGAAAUAUUUUGGUGAAUUGGUGCGCAAAAAAUUAGCUGAAAAAUUAAAUAUUUCAGAACUGGAAUUGAAUGAGUCCACUUAUCGCGGCACUUCCAUCUACACUAAUAAAUAUGAACUAAUACCAGCUAUAUAUGCCGCCCAAAAUGUUUCCGACUGGCCCAAAUGUGCCUUUGAGUUUCGUCUGAGAGAUCGUCCCAUUUCCACAAAUCCCCAAACGGGCCAACAAAUACAAUGGCCCACCAGAGCCAUGAUAAAGCGCAUAGAAACUUUUGGUUUUCAUGUCAUACCCAUGGGCUAUGCACCUAAAAAGAAACGUAAUCCUUUCAGAGACAUCGAAUGGCGUAUAGUGUUUCCUAAGGCGGAGCGUUAUCUGGAACAACACUUGUCUAAUGCCCAAGUUAAAGUCUAUAUGAUAAGUAAAGCUUUAAUUAAAAGUUUUGUGGAACCUAUAGAGAAAAACAAAUCGCUCAUGUUUGCUUUAGAUCACUUGCGCAUGCAUUUAUUUUGGGAGUGUGAGAGAGACUACACUGCCUGGCCCGAAGAGUUCUUGGGUGAAGUGCUGUUACGUUUUCUUAACUCUUUCAAGCAGAGAGUUAAAGAGAAACAACUAAGUGAUUAUUUCAUAAGAGAGCGCAAUCUUUUCGAAAGUAUACCCGAAUAUUCCCUUAAUUCGUUAUACACUAUAUUGGCGGACAUUACCACCAAUCCGGUUAUGCAUCUUAUGAUAGCUUUUCGUAAUUUGGAAUUUACUGACGAUUUCAUACCUAAAUUGAAUUUUAAAAAGUUGUAUGAGAAUCUAGUAGAAAAUGAUAUGGUGAAGUUGAAAAUGCUGGCCAAAAAUGCUCGUUCACUAAUUGAUUUGGCACAGGAGGAGGAAGAAAGCUCAUGUUUAAUGCCUGAUGAGGGAGCCAAAGGUUUGUUGGGUCUUAAACAGCAUCAUGUUCGAACAAAUGGUAAAUUAAGGCGUAAAACACAUUUAUUAAGACACAAUAUUGAAAUGAAAAAACAGGAAAUGCAUGCUAAAAGACGUUCAGUGGAGUCCAUAGAUGUAGAGUUCUUUUUCAAACGCAACAUUAAGUCUGCUAAUACAAGACAACUCAAUCAAGGAGUGGAAAAUCUUAGGAGAACCAAUAUAUUAGAAAUUAUACUUGAUCAUUUAUUAGAAAUGGCCGCUAAAGCUAUACAAUUUCAGUCGGUGGUAAUGGCCAAAACAUAUUUAUCGCAGGCACGUCGUCUUUGUAAAUGUUACCAUAACUAUGGUUGUGAUAUAGGAGCCAAGGAAUAUUUGGCCUCUAUACAUAAUCUCGAUGAAGAAUUGCAAAUUAUUUAUGAUAAAGAAGACUUUUCCAUUGCUCCACCUUCGUUGCCUAGGAGAAUAAGCAUGGAACCAGUGUUACCAGAAGUACCACAAACUAUAGAAACAAAUUCAUUCAAUGUAUAUGAAGAAAUGAUACCGCAGGAUAAGUUGGCAACAGCAACCCCUGAACCUAAAAAAUGUUUAAAAUUUCAUAUGGAAGGAGUGUUGGAAAGAAGUGAACCUACUUCUCCUGAACGAUCACCGGAACCUAGAAAAUCAAUUAAAUUUCGCAAUGUGGUUGUGGAGGUGCAACCAGGAGAUAUAAAUCCCUUACAUUCAAUGCCAGUUGGGGAAGCUGAAAUCAAAACUUGUUUAAAGACCUCCCACAAAGCAACAAGUCUACCAGAAAACAUCGGUCCUGUAAAAUCUCCAGAACCUAGAAAAUCCAUUAAGUUUAGGGAUAAAGUUAUAACGGUACAUCAAGGCGACUUAAAUCCCAUACAAAAGCCCCAAGGCUACAGUCCAGUUAGUAUUUUAAGAUCUAAGAACGAAUCUAAAGAAAUCGAAAAUAAUAACUCCGAAAAUGAGGACGAUCGAGAUGACAUUGAGGAUUUAAAUGAGGAAGAAGAAAAACUAACUUCCACCGAUAAACAGUCAUUAAUACCAUCCUAUCUGCGUAGUAAACUAAAAAGUUCCUCGGACUUUAUAAAGUCUUCACCCAUAGGGAAUACGGAAAUAUUUCAAAACAUUUCUCAAAAUACUAAUCAUUUCCUUAAUAAUAUGUCGGCCGAAGAGAAAAAGGCUCAUAUACGUGAAAUGCUAAAACGUAAAACAUUACAGCUGAAGGGAGUUUUUAAUCAGUCCUCCGAUACUUAGAUUCUCAAGUUUAGUAUUUUACUCUCAAAAUUUGUAUUAUAAUAAAAUAAUAAUUAAAUUAAA